CGAGAUUCGUUAUUUGGAAAUUUGUCUCACUACAAUUUUAAAUUACGCGGCUCUAUCAGAAAUUAAGUAACUAGCAAUUAUUUUUCAGUUAGGAAAUUCUCCCUAUUGUACGUUGGUAGCGCCGACAAAAGUUUUGACGGGUUACCGGUUGUUACCGGCUUCAAAACAAAAAGAAAUUCAAUUAAGUUUACGGUUUAUUUCGAUUGAAACGAGCGCUUUCGUGCCAUGGCGAAUUCGUCGUUCUCGUCGUCCAUACAAUCCUACAGCGAGCCAUUUACGGAGGAGCAAGAAAUGGUGUUUUACAAAAACAUCAAGAUGAAUCUGCAAGACAUUCAGAAAGCUACGCACGACAUUAACCAGAAAUUCAAGAGUAUACGGGAUGAGAUGCGCGUCACGGCCGCUCUGGUAAACGCGAUCGAAUCGGAAACUUCAGCGAGCAAUCAGAAUUAACAUUCGCGGCUUUCUCAAGUUGAAACGAAGACAAUAAAAUCAAUCGAAAUAUCUAAUCAGAUCUGUGGUAACAUCAAGAGAUUUAGAAGAUUCCUAUGAAUCAGCGAUGAAAGUAACUUACAAGAACAGCUUGUAUUUCUGCAAAAGUGAAUCUCCUGAAGAUUGUCAAAAUAACACUAAUUUAAAACUGGAAGUAAAUCUUUGUAGGAUUUAACGAUUUAAGAUAAAAUUUAAGAGGUUUUUGAAAACUUUUUGAAAAUUAUAAAUUACAAUAAUUAUUAAUUAGAAUUUUACAAUUAAAUGGAAUACACAUUAAUUUUUAUUUUUCUCAACUCUUUAUUCCAAUGUGAAAAUAAAAUAGAUGAGUGAAGGUAAGAUGGAAAGAAACUCAACCAUUUAAAAAUCAAUUGUUAUUUUUUUAUUUAUUACAUUAAUUUGCACAAUUAAUUAUUAACUUGCAAAUUUAUAAAUAAUUCUUCCUUUUCCUCUAUUUUUGAUUAUCUUUUCUGACUUGGCAUUUAAUUUCUAUUGUGCAUAGUUAGAUGUCUCUAAAAUCCUUUCUCUUUUGAGUAUGACCUUGUAAAUGUUCCCAGCAUCGACGUUAAACUGUCUUGCAUGAUCGAUUGUGCGAUACUCCAUACACUUGCGAAAACAAAGAUAGGAAUAAAUUUUAAUGCAGGUGGCGUGGACAAAGAUAUCAAGAAAACAUUUUGCCGAACAUCUCACGUCGCAGAACGUGCGCCGUCCUCUCUUAAGUGCAUUAUUCAUUGCGAUAAUACGCAAAACAUUUAUACAUAAAUAACAGUUAAAAAUUUUAGAUAACUGAAUUAAAACCUAGCAAUGCUGCGUCUACUUUUGGCUCUUUCUUUCUGGCUCGGGACGAGCAUGGCUGCGACGACACAAAACUCCAUUACAACUACAACAUGGGGCUCUGUAAAUGGUCAAGAGAUCAAGAAAUUCAUGCUAAGGAAUGGAGCUAAUCAGGAGGUCGAUGUCAUCACGUAUGGUGCGACAGUGACUGCCAUUAGGACGCCAGAUAAGGUUGGAAAUGUAGCGGACGUUGUACUUGGGUUUGAUAACAUUGAAGGGUAUCAGUCACCAAGUAAUCCGUAUUUUGGUGCUACUCUCGGACGAGUCGCAAAUCGCAUUGGCAAGGCAACUUUCGUCGUGGAUGGCGUACGUUAUAACGUAUCGAAGAACAUAGGCGAUGAUAGCCUCCACGGUGGUACUCGCGGUUGGAGCUUCAAGGUGUGGGACGCAACGAUCGAUGGCGAUCGCGUGGUAAUGACCUUGGUCAGUCCGGACGGCGACGAGGGGUAUCCAGGAUCAGUAACGGCGACUGCCAGCUUUCAAUUGAGCGACGACGGAGAACUGCACAUAGAGAUGAAGGCCAAGUCCGUAAAGGCGACGCCGAUCAACAUGGCGAAUCACGGCUACUUCAAUCUUGCAGGACACGCCACAAAUGCGGAAGAGCUGUACAAACACAUAUUCAUGUUGAACGCCGAUCGUUGGACUGUCACGAAUUCCGGGAGCAUUCCUACCGGCGAGAUUCGGUCAGUCGAAAACAGCAUAAUGGAUCUUAGAAAUCCGACGAAACUCGGUGACGUUAUCGAUAAAGUACCGGGCGGCGGUUACGAUUACAAUUUCUGCCUGCCAGAGCCAUACGAUCCCAUGAAAAUAAGCUUCGUCGCCAAAGUGUUGCAUCCGACUUCGGGACGUUGCUUGGAAGUGUAUUCGAAUCAACCAGGCGUUCAGCUUUACACGUCUAACUCUAUCCCAGCGAGGAAUGAAACUGGUAUCGCCGGCAAAAACGGAGCGCGGUACUUUAAGCACGCUGCUUUCUGUUUGGAAACGCAAAAUUAUCCCGACGCCGUGAAUCACAGAAACUUCCCCAACAGUGUAUUGCGACCGGAUGAUGUAUACAAUCAUGUUGUUGUAUACAAAUUUGGAGUAGAAAAUUAAAACAUUUCCAUCUCCUCGUCAUAAACUAUUUAGAAAGAUAAAUGUACUAAGCAGUAAGAAAUCUUGCACAUUGAUUUUUUAAAAUCAUGAUUGUAAAAAAUCUAUCUUUAUAUUGUUAAACUUAACAAUUAUACUAUUAGCUGAGCAAUUUA